CGCUCUCUCUCUGUCCCUCCCUCAGACACCCCCACAUCCACUCCCUCUCCGUCCGUCCACCCGCGUCUCUGAGCAGCACAGAGCAUCUUUUUUUUUUUUCUUUCCUCCUCUUGACACACUGCAAUCAUGUCCGCAAACGGCGCCGACGGGGACUUGCUGCGGAUCCCUCUGGGGCUCAUCAACAGCGCGGGGAAGUAUCUGACGGCGGAGACUUUCGGCUUCAAAAUCAACGCCUCGGCCAGCAGCCUGAAGAAGAAGCAGACCUGGACCCUGGAGCAGACCGGGGAGGACGGCAGCGUCGUGUUCCUGCUCUCCCACCUGGGCCGCUACCUCGCCACGGACAAAGACGGCAACGUUACCGCGGAGAGCGAGACGCGCGGCACGGACUGCCGCUUCGUCAUCACCGCGCACGAGGACGGGCGGUGGUCUCUGCAGUCCGAGCCCCACGGCCGGUACCUGGGCGGCAGCGAGGACCGGAUCACCUGCUUUGCGCAAACCGCCUCGCCGGCAGAGAAGUGGAGCGUGCACCUGGCCGUGCACCCGCAGGUCAACCUGUACAGCUUCGCGCGCAAACGCUACGCCCACCUGAGCGCGCAGGGCGAGCGGCAGGAGGUGUCAAUAAACCGGGAUAUUCCCUGGGGGUUCGACUCGCUUGUGACCCUGGUCUACCGGGACCAGCGCUACCACCUGGAGACCUCCGACAACCGCUUCCUGCGCAAUGACGGCAGCCUGUCCACGAAAACGGACAAGGACACCGGCUACAUGCUGGAGUUCCUCUCCGGGAAGGUGGCGUUCCGCGACUGCAACGGCCGCUACCUGGCGCCCACGGGCCCCACCGGCACGAUGAAGUCUGGGAAAAGCACCCGGGUGGGGAAGGACGAACUGUUCGGCCUGGAGCGCAGCCACGCGCAGGUCGUGCUGACUGCAGGCAACGAGAAGAACGUGUCCACGAGGCAAGGCAUGGACCUGUCAGCCAAUCAGAGCGAGGAAGGAGACCAGGAAGUCUUCCAGAUGGAGAUGAGCCGCGAGGACAGGAAGUGCGCCUUCAGAACCGCUGCUGGAAAAUACUGGACUCUGACACCAAGUGGAGGACUUCAGUCCACUGCCUCGGCCAAGUCGGCCAACACUUUCUUCGAACUGGAGUGGCAUGAUGGUCGCGUGUGUGUGCGUGCAGCUAACGGCAAAUAUGUCAUCGCUAAGAAGAACGGGCAGCUCGCUGCUACUGUUGACAAUUCAGGGGAGGCUGAACAGUUCCUGAUGAAGCUGAUCAACCGUCCGAUCAUCGUCCUCCGUGGGGAGCACGGGUUCAUCGGUGGUCGUAAAGCUGGAAUGGCGACGCUGGACUCCAACCGAGCAUCGUACGACGUUUUCCAGCUGGAGUUCAACAACGGAGCUUACUCCCUCAAAGACUCCCAGGGGAAGUACUGGUGUGUCGGAGACGACACGUCGGUGGUGUGCAGCAGCUCCACGCCUGUCCAGUUCCUGUUCGAGUUCUGCGACCUCAACAAGAUGGCCAUUUUUGCCGUGGGGGGGAAGUACCUUAAAGGAGACCACGCUGGAGGGCUGAAGGCCAGUGCCGACUCCCUGGACAGCGCCACCCUCUGGGAGUACUGAGAAACAGGCGGACUUCUCCCCCCCGUCUGACACAAUGCUUCAAACUAUUAAUAGAUACUGUAGGUAGCUGGGGUUUCUUUUUGCAUAUGUGUGAGUGCCUGUGUGUGUGUGUGUGUGUAGCUGUGAAUUUGUCUGGAUGGAUGUGUGGUGGAAGUUGAAGCUGAUAAACUGGAAGUCAUGGCACCAAAGCACUAUAGGUGUUUUAUUUUGUAUUAUCUCUCGAUCAUUAUCUCUUCUUACUGGGCUUUUUACUGGACAUUGACUUGUUGUUUAAAGAAUGAAUCAAAGUGUGGUCGUGUUACUCACUUCCGGUCAAAUUUACACGAGCUGUACCUGACGACUGUCAGGACGAUUACUGUUAUUAGUCGUGCCUAUCUGUGGUAACUACUGGUGUAAACAAACAUGGUGAAUGCUAUAACUCAUAACUUGCAAUAUCUAACCUUCUCCUGCUAUAUGUCCUGCUGGCUCUACUGUGUUGCUUUUCAUCUCCUGCUCUCUUUCAAACUAUGAAGCAUAACACAUGUCGGAUAAAGGGAUGUUGCUGAUUUACAUGUUUCUGCUGUAAAUAAGGCUUUCUCUGUCACGGAAUGCUACAAAACAGAUAGUAACCAUUUAAACUUUAAGUGUAAAAGUAUGUUGAAGAUGUUAAGAAAGAAUUGGGAUGUGGCGGACAGAUAUUUCAUGUUCUUUGACUGUAAGCUACCUUCUGCACCUCUCCAGUAUUCCUCUCUCACUCCAAGUCAGAUGUACAGGCAGACUAAUUCUGUAUUUAGACAGAUGCAUCUACAGAAAGUUGUCAAAAGUUUCCAUUUGAGGCAAUUAUAAUCUGUGAGGGAACAAAUUAAAGCAGAGGAAGGGCGAAAGAAGCUUUUUUUUUUUUUUUUUAGUUUGAUCUUUUAAAAGAAACAGAAAGGAGUCGGUCGAUGAGGUCUAGCUGUUACACAUUCAGAUGCACAUAAACACUAACAAAUAUGCAGUCAUAGGUGCACAAAUUUCAACUGUGACUAAAUCUGCACAAUAAUGUAUUGUUCAAACUGCGACGAGUUAAAAGCACAUGUCUGUUGUGAUGAAUUGUCUGCCUUAGUUUGGGUGCUGCUGCUGCUGCUGCUGGUGUGUAAACACAGUGAUGGAGUCAGCCAUCUCUCUGGCUGUUAUUGUGUCGGUGCCUUCCAUAGAGCAUUUGUCUUUUUCAUGUUCUUACAUUUGAACUGGACGACGGAGCAAAAACCCUCAAUAAAGUUUUCCCUCUAGACAGUGAA